AUGGAUAGAGACGCAAUAGAGUGGUUUAAGGCAGUAAAGUACAGCAACAUAAACUAUAUAACGAAGCACCUAAAUGAAAUGUACGAUGUGCGGGAUGAAAAUGGCAACACAGGCCUUAUGCACGCAGCCUUCUAUGGUAAUGUGGCCGUGGUUCAGCUCUUGGUAGAGAAGAGUGCUAGGCUGCUUAAUCUCGCCAGAAAGACGGCCCUGAUGCAAUGCGUGUGCUCCGAUUACAGCUUAGGCAGAGCUUCAAUCCCUGACAUCGUGAACAUCCUUCGGAGACUGGAAGCCGGCAUUUCCGAUGAACGUGGGUGCACGGCAUUAAUGAUGGCUGCAGAACGUGGCGACGUGAGAUCUGUCGCCGCUCUGGUCGAGUAUGAGCAUGGCCAGAAGGACUCCCGAGGUCGCACGGCGUUGAUGUACGCAGCAUCUUUUGGAAAGGCAGAGUGCAUCCCAGCUCUUUUGGUUGAAACAGCAGAAAUAGAUAAUAAAGGCAUGACAGCUUUGAUGUUUGCUGCCUAUGGAAAUAGUGUCCCGAUAAUCCGGCAACUGAUUCGGUACGAAGCGCGAAGAAAAAACAAGAAUAACGAGACUGCCCUUAUAAUCGCCAUUCGCCAAGGACGUGAAGAAGCGGUCUCAGAGCUUGCUGCGCAUGAAAAGGACAUUUACUACGGCUCGAUAUCUCCGUACCAAUUUGCCGUUAAUUCCCAACAACUUGCGUCUGCAGAUAUUCUUAGGCCCCACAACGUGCCCGUUCCAACCUUUAUGUCAACUACUAGGCCUCUCCAGGGAUCGACAGUGACCGAGAAAACAAGUGUGGGGGAAGGUGCUUUAGAAUUGACGACUCGUCCCAACCUACAGCAAUCAGAUCAAACCGAAGCCUUAGAGAACCUCCAGCUCCAUAUUAAUACGCUGCGGCAAAAGGUUGAUGCAAUAAUAAUAGAAAUGACUCGGUCCACACCCCCUUCUGCAAACACUGACAGUUCUCAGAAAGGUAUCUUCCUUCAGCGACAGUUAUCGGAACAAGAUAGAGACAUCGGGCAACUUAAGGCGGCUUUAGAGCGCUCUCAAAUGGAGAUACAGGCUUUAACAGACUCCCAUGCAACUCUCAUGAAACGGAUAGCAGAGGCAGAAAAGAGCGCAGCAGGUGCACAGAUCCAACUCGCACUCGGCGCGGCUGGAGAGCAAACAAACAGCAAUCUCAUAGGUCAUCUAGGGGUACUUAGCGAAUCUAUAAGUAGCAUGGACACUAAAAAUAGAGAAGAGCACAGAGACUUUGCAGCAAAAUUGGGUUCACUCCACGCAAGCCUGACUCAGGCUGUGCAAGUAUCAUCGAGUCAGGCCGAAGAAAUAGCGUCUCUGCGAGACCGUCUCACCUGUCUUCAGGAGGAAGUGCUUAAGCUAUCCAUUAAUACGCACGAUGCUGCAACGAAGAUCUCAGGCUAUUCGAAGGCUCUGGAAAUGAAGAUUCUCAAUUUGGAGGCACGACUGGGUCAGAGCAAUGUGUCCUCUUUUUCCACAGCCCACUUACAUACAGAGUCAUCUAUAAGCAGGGCCAUCAACCAUUUGCAUGAAGAGCUUCAGGUAAUCAAAAGAUCCAUAGAGAAUGUCUCACAGACCCUUAUUACAUCCCAUGGGAUCACCAUACAAAACUUAGAUACCUUGUCGUCAACGCAUUCUAUGUUUGUUGCUAACUAUCCAAUCCACAAAAGCAUGCAGAAUGAGGCAAAGCUAUUUGAAGAGUUGCAGAACAAGAUUGUGCGAAUUGAGCAUUAUAUGGAGGACAUGAUGCGUGAGGACAGACUAUCGGCCAUUAUGACGGGCUUUAUAGAGCUCAACAGCCGGGUCGAUCAACUUGUCAUAGACCAGGCCAAGAGCCACUCUGCAAAUUUGCCCGGAAGGGUAGACGAGGUAGAGCGUACGCUGGAUGCCAUCUUAACCGUGUUGAAUCUUGCUCCUGAAGAGGCGUCCUAG